AUGUUUCCAGCUUUCUUCAACGGAGUUUCCCUUGCAAAUUUGGUCUCUAAAAGAGGGGUUGUUGAAUUUUUAGGAGAUGAUGAAGAAGCGAAUUUUACAAAUGCAUUAUAUGUAUGUUACAAAAAUAUUGAAUCAUGUUGUUCAUGUGAUAUUAUUUCAAAGAUUAUUAUUUUUAGUUUGAAUAUUGAAGUUUAUCCACAUUCAACUGAAACUAGAUCAAUUAAAGAAGAUAUUUUACUUGAUGUUGUCAUUAAACCAAUAAAAGUUGGUGCUGAUGAAGUAGUAAUCCCACCAGGUACUAAAAUUAAAUUUCUUUCAAAUUCCUAUUGUUCGAGUUGA